GAGGUCAAUGUCGGAUGAAACCGCAGCUGGCAGACGACCUGCAGCGAGUGUGAUCCCACCCCCACGUAUCCUUUGAGCCCGGGGCCGCUCAGUUUGCCUCCCCCGGGGCCGGACCUCAGCCCCUUUGCAAGCCCCCGCCCGGAUCCGAUAACACGAGCUGGCGAGUUGCCGGAGCUUUCAACUUUCCUGCCGCUCCUCAGUAAGCGGUGCAGAGAGAUAAGCGAGGAAUUUAAAUGCUGGUUGAACCGCAAUCGAUGGGACCGAAGGAGCUCCUGUGGUCGAUCUGUUGCUGUAAGUGCCUGGGUGCCGUGAGACCUCCGUCAAAGCAGCCGCUCUCCAGUUACAGCAAUAACAUCAUGGCGUACAAGGCAUUGGAAAGCCCCAGGGACUUUGAAAGGAACUUAUGGAGCUCUCCAUGUGACUCAUCUCAUACUCAAGCAGAUGACGAUCGGGAGCUGUUGGAUCUGCUUUACAAAAGAGAGGAAGCAGAUAAAGGUUCAGAGGAGUGGCAGAAACUUAACUACGACAUACACACUCUCCGACAAACUCGAAAACAACAGGAAAACCGCUGGAAACGGAUCUUAGAAGAGUUAGGUUUUCAGAAUGAAGCUGACACCUUGCUGGCGGUGACAAAAUCAAGUAUAAUCCAUUCCCAGAACCUGUACCCAGCCCAAGAGAUGUUACAGCGACUGACCAAGGAGACCAGCAUCUUCCUGAUUGAAUGCCAGGUGCCAGAGAGAUAUCUCUUUGUGCUGGACCGGCUGGUUGCACUUGAUGCUGCCGAGGAUUUCCUUCAGAAGGCAAGCCAGAGGUAUCCCAGGAGCAACGAAUAGACUGUCAGACUAGGAAUGCUGGAGCUUGCACGUACAACUCAGCCAUCCAACUUUUCAGAAG